AUGCAUUUGGAGCAAGCAAUUUUCAUCUCUUAUCAUGGGGCUCGGGUUAACACUUACAAAAGUGGUACCACUGAAACUAUUCUUCCAAAUUCCGUUCGUAUCUUCAAUAGAAAUUCGAGCUGGCGUUUCUGGAAUCUCCAGAUGUCGUUGAAACAUUCACUGUCUGAUCCCGAUAAUGCCGAAGAUGUUUACAAGAAGGCCGAAGAGUAUUGGGCGCAUGCUAGCAGGGACAUCGAUGGAAUGCUCGGUGGAUUUGCGCAUUUACAUACGCCCGACAUCAGAGCUUCCAAAACGUUUAUACAGAAACUUAAGGCAAAGAAAUUCCUUAUUGCUACAAAUCGAGCUGCUGAUUGUGGGGCGGGCAUCGGGAGAGUGACACGGCAUUUGUUGCUGCCUAUCUUCAAAAACGUCGUAAUGGUUGAACCCGUUGCUGAACUGCUCGAUAAAAGUCUCACUUAUGUGGGUGAUAACGGGAAUGUGAAGAGACUCCCAGUGGGGCUACAAAAUUUCUAUCCUGAACCCUCCUCUUUUGACCUAUUUUGGAUUCAGUGGUGUUCUGGUCACAUAACGGAUAGCGACAUGGUUCAAUUUCUCCAACGCUGCAAACAAGCACUUACGAAUGAGGGUGUCAUUGUAUUCAAAGACAACCUAUCUGCUCAAGAAGAAUCUGAAUUUGACAGUGAAGAUAACAGUUGGACAAGACCAGAAAAACUUGUUUUGGAACUAUUUGAACGCGCAAGAUUGAGAGUCGUAGCCGAGAAUGUUCAAACAGGAUUCCCACCCGGAAUGUACAAAGUUAAAAUGUUUGCUCUGAAACCCAUGUGUGAAUGA